AUGAAGACGCGUAGUACAGAAAUGGAAGCCCCAAAUAUUGCUGCGAUUGUUAAAGCUCGACAUCAUGCUCGUGUACUUUGCCCUUCGAGUGGACAUUUAUUAGGAAACACACCAAACCAGUUAAUUUCUCCUGGAAUAUAUGAAUCUGCUGAGAGCGGUUGUAAUCUAAACAAUUUUUAUAGUGCAUCUGGAACAAGUAGUCAGACACCCUGCGAUGAUGUAAAGAUCUCAGUAGACGAUAAACCACAUAAGACUCGUUCUGAAAAUGCUCCGAGAUUGUUACGCGGAACUUGGUCGCCUGAUGAUAGACGUCUGUUUUUUCAAGCCGUGAGAAUGUACGGACGUAACUUCAGUGAAAUCACGCGUUUCAUUCGGUCUCGUGGACAUCGUACAUCAAUCGAUCACCAAAAUGGGUCAUCAAGUAGCAAUAUUGAACUAAGUUUAAAUAGUUUGCACUCUGGAAAUAAUUUCGUCUCUUCAAACAGUUUAUCAUCUGCCCUCAUCCCAUCUAAUAUAAUCGCUCCGUGCCCAAGCAAUAUUUCUCAACCUAAUGUUGGAAUGGGCACACCCUGUGCCAGUAGUUCUGAUUUAAAUACACCUUGUGGUGGUCGGACUCGUGAACAGGUUCGUUUCUUUUAUCAACAAACCUGGCAUAAAGUACGUCGUUACACUAAAUUUCCCGAAGAGGUCCCACAACAUGUUAGAGAGGUUUAUGCAAUUGUCAAUUAUUCUGUGCUGCGUACACGCAUUAAGAAACCAUUGGACCACCGAUUGGGAGAAAAAUUAAACGAAUUAGUUCAUUGUGGUACCACUGUAAUCAAACACAAUGGGCGGCGUUUUUUGUUACGUACUCCUGUUUGUCCUGCUUUGAAGCAAUUAAAUAACAUCUCUGCACCUACACAUGAAUUCCUACUUCCUGAAGAUGUAUGGAUUGAAUUAGUUCCACGGACACAAACAGAUGCAUGGAGAGUAAUAGAAGCAGAGCAAAAUCCCCGUUUAAGACUACGCGUUGAUAUUAAUCGUCAACUUUCAGAUGUUAUUUUCCUAGUGGAAAACAAAUGGCAAUUGGCUGCUGAGCGUAUGAGAACGCUUCUUGAUUUCCCAGUGGUCCACGAAUCCACAGUCCCAUCGGUUAUGCUCAACUUAUGCUAUAGUCAAGCUAUCGAUGGUGCCAUCCGCAUACAAGAAGUGGCGCGAAUUCGUUCAGGCGACAUUGGAUUACGGGCUUAUUUAGAUCGAAUGGAUACCAAACUCCAUAAAUCCAGGAUGCCGUCAGAUGUAUGCCCCACAGAAAAACAAAAUGCAGUUCACGACGAUCCUGUGGAAUCUCCAAAUUUAGUUACUUCGAAUAUGUCAACAAACUUAACACCGUCAUCAUUACGUACGUCAGAUCUCAGAAAUUCAGAAUUAAAUAAUAACUUGCCAAAUACUACAUCAACGUCAAAUGCUGAGUUAGAUCUAAGAGAUCUUGGGAAACAAUUAUCAAUUGGUGUUACACGUGAGAUGGCACGUGAAAUUAAACUGGUAACUAUUUAUUUGUCUUUGGGUUGUCCAGAUCGUAUACGUUUUGAAUAUCAAUUUUUCUGCACUAAAGAUAAAGGAUUACAGAAACAAUUGAGUUCAUCUUACUCCGACUUACUAAUAUGUCCACCAUUAGAUCCAGAUGGAGACGGUAUAAGUAAUGGUUUAAGGCGUCUUUUACAUUUGAAUGCCAGUGAUUAUUUACUUCAUCGUGAUUGGGUUUCUCGUCAUUCCAUUCGAAGCAAUACACCAGUCCCUACAUCUUGUCAUUCUUCUCAAGCUAUUCCUAGCGUUAACAACCUUACAAUUUCUACAGUUACGGCAACUCAAGGCUGCACAUCAACAUUAUUACCAAAAACACUAACUGAAAAUCAUCUUUCACAGAUAUCCGAAUUACCUAUUAUGGUUACAGCUCAACCUUCAAUAGUGACUACCAGUAUUUCAGCAAAGCAACCGUCACUUAUGAUGUAUUCUCAGCCAAAUACUAUACAAGUUCUUAUUAAUGGACAGCCAUCCAUUUUUCAACUGAAUUCCACCUUUUCAGCUUCAAAUCCAAUUAUUUCUUCAUUAUUAACAACAAAUAGUUUAAUGAGGCCUCCAAUAGCUUCAGUUCAAAGUCCAAAACUGGUCUUAUUACAACAACCAGUUGGACAAAAAAUACAAGUUCCUAUUGUUGAACGUCAAUUAGAUCAUGAACGGCAAGUAACUUCAUCUGUAGCAAUAAGUCAAGGACCAUAUAUCCCAUUACUACCGAAACAAUCAACUGUACCCAUUCAAGUCAGUGUGAAAACAUCGACAUCAUUAACUGGCACUUUUAUAUCGUCUAGUUCUAUCUCUUCAACGUCCACAAGUACGAUUGAGAAUGAAAAUAAUUCACCUGUAACUUCAUCGUUAGAAUCUUUAAAGGCAUUUAAUGCACGACGUCGAACUAGUAUUAUAUCACAAGUCAACAAACGUUUAACUGAAAAUUCAAUUCUAACUAAAGAAUUACAAUCAAAACCAUCAACAAUUACACCUAUUUCAAACAAUUUACCUCCAUCAUACAAUACUUCAGCAAAUCCUUGUACGACUAAAUCUUCAGUUCAAUUACUUCAGGCAAUCGAUAAUCAAACUUUGACAACAAUCAAAGGUGAUGAAGCAUCUGUUAGUAAUAUACAUCCUAAAUCAACAACACUUUCAACACCAUCAAAUUCUAAUAAUUUAUGGUCAUCCAUUAAAGUAUCGAAUAAUGAACCGAUGGUAACAACACCUAUCGUUUUCAAUGAUCAUUUACCUCAAGUUCAUAGUAUAUCCAGCUUAAUAUCAUCACCAAAUUUAUCAUCAUUACAAUCUAAUAAUGUAAUGUCAUUUAUUUCAUUAUCUAAAAAUUCUUCUAAUACAGAUGUUAAUAUGGAUGAUUUAUUGUUAGUCUCAACAGAGACAAAUCAAUGCUCUAUGUCAUCAUCAUCAUCAUCAUUCAGUAAUGAUACACUGGCAUCCCUGUUAAAUACAUUAUGUCCACGUCAUCCUUUAUCUUCUACUCAUGAUAAUCAAAAUAUUUUAACUGAAUCAUCUGCUCGACCUACUGAUAGUACUCUAUCUCCAUUAAAUGAAUUAUCAACGCCAGAUUUACAUAAAACAACAUUCUCUACACCUACAACUAAUGAUGUACAUGUUUCACUUAAAAUAGAAGAGAAUGCCGAAAAAUCAUUUGACUUUAGAACUAUUGAUUCUGUUUGUAGUUAUCCACCAGGUUCUCCAUCGAUUGGUGAUAUUUCAUUUACCGAUUCAAUGGCUGCUGCUGUAAUGGAUGUACACCAUAUGGAGUUAGAUCAGUCUGAUGGAGAGCAAAGUACUGAUGUUCACUCUGAACCGUUAAAUCUCAUAGCUUCAAAUCUUAUUAUUCAACCUGAUAUUUAUCCAAUAAGACCGUCAUAUGAAUCUCUUGUGGAACAUCAAGAUAUUAAAAGUAAAGGUAUUAGUACAUCUGAAUAUAAUUGUAUAACAAAUGUUGAAGUAUUCCUUCGAAUGAAUACACCACAAUCCAAUAGAAAUUCAGUUGGUCUCAACUCAACGUUGCAAAUUUCGACUACAUCUAAUUGA